AUGACCGACUACGCAGAGAGACUGCGCCCUAUGGUGACAGAUGGUGUGUACUUCAUGCACAAAGCUCUUACUGGACCCAGUAAGAAAAUCCUGGUGGAGGGGGCCAACGCUGCCCUCUUGGACAUCGACUUCGGGACGUAUCCUUUCGUGACGUCGUCCAACUGCACCGUCGGCGGCGUCUGCACUGGUCUCGGUGUUCCUCCCUCCUACGUGGGCCGUGUGUACGGUGUCGUCAAAGCCUAUACGACCCGGGUGGGCGUUGGUGCCUUCCCAACAGAGCAGGACAACGAGGUCGGGGAGCUGUUACAGACCAGAGGAAGAGAGUUUGGUGUGACGACGGGUCGAAAGAGGCGGUGUGGUUGGCUGGACCUGAUUUUGGUUCGAUACGCCCACAUGGUCAACGGCUUCUCCGCAAUUGCCCUGACGAAGCUGGAUAUUUUGGACACACUGCCUGAGAUUAAAGUGGGCGUGGCCUACAAGGUAGACGGAAAACCUCUUCCAAGUUUCCCAGAUUUUCCCUCAUCUCUAAAGAUAAAAAUCUGA